AUGAACAUAUCUCCCACGCCCAAAAGAUAUCAGAGCUCGAACCACAUGCCGCGCGCCGUAAACCACAAUUACCACAGCGCCGUGCCUGCAUACCACGAGCACGCGGCAGGCCAGAACGCAGACCGCAUCGUGCCUGAUGAAUACAAAAUCAACUCCAACAUGAUCUCAUCGCUCAUCAAGCAGAACAAGGACCUUCUCGCAAAGCUCGACGAGAAGGACCGCGAGCUGGAAAAGCUCAACGUCCUCGUCGGCUCCUUGCGCGGCAAGUUGAUCAAGUACACAGAGCUCAACAAGAAGCUCCAGGCCCAGGCCCAGGCGGCCCGCGUGCCCUCGCCCCCGGAGCCCGCCGCAGAGCCCGCCGCAGACUACCUCCAGCUGCCGCGCCGCGCACCCGCCGCCGAAAACGACAAGAAGAUCGGCGAGCUCUACGACAAGCUCGAACAGCUCACCAAGGUCGUCCACCAGCAGCACCUCCACGACCCCCCCGCGCCCGCCCGGCCCCGCUCCCCCGCGCGCUCCCGCUCCCCCGCGCGCACCGCCGUCUCCGACGACGACAUCAUGAUCAGCGAGUCCUCUGAGCUCAAGCGCCUCGAGGAGCAGGUCGACCAGCUCAAGCGCAAGGUCCUCAUCAAAAGCGAGAACGAGCUCCGCAAGCUGUCGCUCAACCAGCAGCUAGCGGACCUCAUGCACAAGCUCGGCGUCUCUUCCUCCUCUCCGGCCUCCUCCGCGCUCCUCUUCGACCGCCAGCCGAGCCCCACCUCUGCUGCCUCCUCUGCCCCGCUCGCCCACGCCCACUGCGAGCAGUGUCAUCAUGCAGAAGAUGCCCUUAAAAAGCCCGCCAUGGACAUAAAAAACGCACUACAGACGCCGACGCCGUCGCGCACCCGCCGAGACGCACAUCCGCACACCCAUACCACACACCAUGCCACCAACGCCCUUUGGUGA